AUGUUCUGCACCAGAUGUCUGCGAAGCCCGGUGCUCCGGCGGCAGAUCCCAGCCGUGCGCCAGUUCUCGGUUUCCACCCCCUUCCGUUCCGUCGAGCAACCACCCCUCUCGACUCCCACCACCGCCCCCGGCGAGCAACCGAAGGCGGCGGCGAUACCCAAGUCCAGCUGCCCGGAAGGCACCGUCCUCACAGGCCUCAACUUUCUCAAGAGCGGCCAGGAUCCAGUAGCACUGAAGGACGAAGACUACCCCGCAUGGCUGUGGGAUUGCCUGGACGUGAUGAAGAAGAGCUCGGACGGAGCAGCCGAUGACGCAGGAGACGAAUUCUCCAAGUCGAAGAAGCAACGAAAACUGGCCGCCAAGCGAAAGCUAGCCCUCGAGGCCGAGCUCCUCGCCCAGGGGAACCUCGAGGCCCUGGCUCCCAAGAUCCCCCUGCCACAGCAGUCCAUCAACCUGCCGGGCGAGGAGAACAGCUCCGUGCAACAAAACAUUGAGGCCGCGGAGAAGCGGAACGAGCUGAGAAAGGCCAUGCGGAAGGAGAGGAAGGCCAAGAUCAAGGAGUCCAACUACCUGAAGUCGAUGUAA